AUGCGAAAGCGAAAGCAAGGAGCGGGAGGAGGGGGCGAGAAGGGAGAGGAGAAGACGGCAGCGGCACAGACUACUGCGGCCGAACCGGCGCGGGGACGGCCGCAGAGCGAAAAUAAGAAGGAGGAAGAUGGAGAGGAGGUGGAGCUGGUAGAGGUGCCGUCCGACCACUGGCUCAUCAAGCGCAAGUGGCGAAUCGUAAAACGAAAGAAAGGCGAAGAUGGAAACAAAGGAGAGGAGGAGGAGGAAAACGAGGAUACGGAGUACGAGUACGAGGUGGAUAAGCGGAAAGCCCUCAUCUUCUUCGUGACACGACUAGUAGCAGUGCUCCUGGUGUUCCUCUUCCUGCACACUCUCUUCUACCACUACGUGUGGGACCCACUCACCCGCGCCCGCGAGACACCAAUGGAGGAGCAGAUACGCAAGUUCAAGGCGCUUGGCCAGCUCUAA